CCAGGAUGCCGCUCUGGUGGCGGACCUCGGCUGGCUGCGCGCGCCCGCGGGCGCGAGGCUGGCGCGGCGCGCCGCGUCGCACCCGCUCUCCUCCCUGGGCUCGCGGGCCACCGGGAUUCCUCGCGGGCGAUCCUGGCAGCCGCCCGCGGGCUGGGCCGCCCCUGCGCUCGCGGCCGCCGUGCUGCGAUGCCCCGCCGCACGGUCGGGCGCGGCGGAGGAGCGCGUGCGCCAGAGUACGCCGCAGCCCUUGAGCACGCGGGCCGCUGAGCUCCCCGUGUCUGCGCAGUCCCGGUUGUCCGUCGACGCGGGGUCGGCCAAUCCAGAACGUUCGGCCGCCGACAAGCUGGCCGACCUCGGCGCCGCGGAGCCUCCAGCAUGUGCGAAGACCGCGGGAACACCGCUGGCCUGCAGGAUUCCGGGCGACGCGCCUUUGGAGUCCCUGCCGGAGCUGCUGCGGGGCUCGCCGCUCGAGGCCGCGGGCGCGGUGCUGGGGCGGUCCCCCCGGGGGCGCCUCGCGCUGGGCGUGGAGUUCCUGGACGCGCACGCCGCGGCGAGCGGCCGCGGCGCCGUGCCGCGGGCUGGCCAGUUCCUGAGCGGAGAGGCCCUCGACGCGUGCCUGUGCCUCCUCGAGCCUGGCGCCUUCGCCAUGGCCCUCUUCGCCCGACACCACGGCGUCCUGCUCGGAGACGCAGGCCUCUUCGCUCGCCUCCUCGGUCACCUCGAGGGCGUGCCGGCUCCCGACCUUGAGACGUGCCGCUCACUGGUGAGGGCCUGCCUCGCCCACGGGCACGCGGAGCAGGCCCGCGCCUUCUUCGCGCAGGGCGCGGGCGCCUCCGCGGGCUGCGCGUCGCUGCUCGGCCACGACGCCCUGCCGCUCGAUCUGCUCCAGGCCGACGCCUGCGGGGCGGAGCUGCUGGCCAGGUUCCUCGAGGGCCUCGGUGGGUCGGCCGAGGUGCUUGCGGCCGUGCAGGCCGACGGUGGUCCGGUGCGGGCGCUGAUGGACGUCGCGUCGCACGACCCGCAGGUGGCGGAGCUGUGCGGGACCUCGAGGCGGGUCCUCUCCGACGCCCUGCAACUGGCCAUCGAGGGCGGCGCCGAUGCGGCAGGGCGCGUGCUGCUCCGCGUGCUGGCCAUGGCGCAGCCAGAUUUGCUCCUCGACUUCCCUGUGCCAGUGCCGUGGCUGGAUGCGCUGCGCGGCGCUCCGCGCUGCCGCUGGUUCGUGAACGAGACGCUGAAGUCGCUGGAGGGGGCGCCCCACCACGAGUUCGCUGGGCACGCUACGAGGUUCUUGGAGGAGGGGGGAGAUGAGAGGCACUGGUCAGCGCAAUGAGUCAGACGGUAUCAGGCCCAGGGUUCAGCAAGGCUGUCGUUUUGUUUUGGGUUGGUGAUUCCCUUGGGUGUCUAGGCACUGGUCACCUCGAUCGAGGCAGACGGUACCCGGCCCAAGGGUGAGAGACUCCCCUGGGUGGCAAGGCACUGGUCACCUCUAUGAGGCAGACGGUACCCUGCCCAGGGGUCAGAGUCGCCAUUUUGCUGGAAAGCCUCGCCGAUGUUUGGCCGUUCUGGCUGGGACAGUGUAUUUCUAACUAGACUGGUAGAGAUGUGGUUCACUUGCGUAUCCAACUCGGGCGCCGCUUGCGAGCUCCAGGAAGGCGGUUCUUCUUCUCCUCCCCACAACGCCCCCACCUUUUCAGUCUCGUCCCCCCUUGCUGCUUCUCUUUCGCCCCCGUCCUGCUCCAUAGGAGGGCGCCCGCCAUCUGGCGUCAGCUGCACUUCGCGGUGACGCGGCGGCUGCGACUUCGCAGCGAUCCGUACACGCAUUCUUCCUCCUCUUCCCCCCGAUGCAUCCCAGACCCCUGACGCCGCAGUCUCAUCCACACGACGGCGCAGAUGGGUUACUUUGUGGGCUUGAGGAGGGAUGGACAGUUCGGUGACCUCUCCGUAGACAUGCGUUCGGCCUGGGCGGGAUGUCGGACACCUGAGCACCAUCCGUGGGGCGCUAUAAUGUUUCAGGCCGUGGGGCGUCACCACGAGGGCCCUGGAUUCGAACUCCCUGCGGGGACUUGAAGACCAGUGCCGUAGCGGCAGGUGAUCAGCCAUUGGGUGGAGUCCCCGUAAAGCGGGCGGCGACUCCUUCGCGCGGUAGGAGAAGUACAAGACCGCGCGGAGGCUUCAGGAGGCGUUCGGAGCUUUCGCUGUCUCCGACCAUCGUGUGGAACUUCAUAUCGCCAGCGUAGCGUCUUGCCGCCUGGUUAGAGUCGUUUGCAGGCCCUGGAGAAUAUUGUGAAGCCAGUUCUCGCCAAUGCAGCAGCCGCUCUGGCUUCCCUGGGCUGGUCGCGAACCAGUCCUCCCCGCGCAGGCUACAGACUCGUUGGUGAGGCGCGCCCUUACCCUGUAGAGCUCUUCUCUCAGGACCCUUUGGAGGAGGUGUUCGUUUUCGGGACCCUCCUGAGAGCCGCCUAUCGGAUCUGUUCGAAUCUACUUCGGCUCCAGU